AUGCCGCCACGCACCACCCUCCGGAGGCUGCUCUCAUCCCCACCCGCUCUCCAGCAUCCCAGCCGGCUUGCCUUCCAGCGAUCUCCGUUCUCGAGCAGUGCCUUCUCUGCCCAGAAGGAACCCACCAACCCCGCAGCCCCAGCCGCGCCGGCGUCUGCCUCUCCCUCUGCCACCUCGGCGCUGGAUUACAAGCUCUCGCACCCACGAAAGAGGGCUCCCCUUCCCGCAAUCGAUCCGCCCAGCUGGAGUGCCGAACAGGCCGUCACCAACAUCCUAUAUAACACUCCACCACCCUCUACCCAGCCGCUCGCGCGUCACGUUCUCAACUGCCUUGUCCAAAAUGAGCCCGGUGUGCUUUCCCGGGUGUCGGGUAUCCUAGCUGGUAGAGGGUUCAACAUCGAGUCGCUCGUCGUCUGUGCCACCGAAAUCCGUGAGCUGUCUCGAAUGUGCAUCGUCCUGAAGGGUCAAGACGCAGUCGUCGAACAGGCGCGCAGGCAGCUGGAGGAUGUGGUACCCGUCUGGGCCGUGCUCGAUUACACGCACAACAAAACGAUCGAGCGCGAGCUAUUGCUCGUCAAGGUUUCGAUCCUAGGGCCUGAAUACUUUGAGGACCACCUACACUCCAAGAUCUCGUCGGAGGGUCCACAAUCAGCUUCGGCCAUGACGGGCGAGACCACAUCAAGCGCAGCCGAAGGUAGCGCAGUUCAACAAGCCCACCUGACACCGUCCGAGGCACUACGCCAGAAACAUUUCCAUCUCCAGGCGCUUACCAAUCUGGCGAAGCAUUUCGCAGCCAAAGUGGUCGACGUGUCCAAUGACGCUCUGAUAAUCGAGUUGAGUGCUAAGACGGCCAGGAUUGAUGCGUUCCUCAAGCUCGUCAGACCGUACGGUAUCCUUGAAGCAGCUCGCACUGGGAUGAUGGUCAUGCCCCGUUCGCCUAUCGAUAGUAACUGGCAAGGCAUGGCUGAUAGCGAUCAAGCUGACGAGGUCGACGCUAUCGAUGCUGGUUUAUUGCCCCCUGGAUAA